AAAACAAGUACACGGUCACACUGGGAGGAGUAUCCAAAACAAAAGAAUAACAAAUCAAAAUAUGAAGGGUUAUUUUGUUUUCGUGGGGUUUUUCUUAACCCUCGGCUGCCGGUUUAACCUGUUGCUGGCCGUAGAGACGCCACACUGCGAGAAACUGGUGGGCGAUUUGGGCAAUGGCCAGAGCAAGUUCAUCUACUGCGCCACCACAAAGUCGGUGCCCGUGAAUCUCUGCAUCGGAUGCGAUUUGCUUUACCAGGAGCUCAGCAAGGAUUACCAGAACCUCAUUGCGGAUGUCAAUUGCUCCAAGAGAUACCUCAACUCGGACAGGAUCAACAUAGUGGCCACCACCGAGGGAAUCCUCACCAGCCUGUGGCAAAAGGCCAACUGCGAUAAUUGCUUCAGGAAUGAAUAUUGGUCCAAAUACGACAACAAAUCCUUAGAAUUGCAGAAGUGCUUAGAAACUUAUAAAUCCGAUGUGGUUUGCUCAGCCUGCAAGCCAUAUUAUCUUGGCCUAAACGAGUUCUACCUCAAAAUGGAAGCCAAUGUCAGUGGUAAAGUGUGCUUCGAUCUGCAGGAUAAUAUGAACCGCACCCGUUUGAACUGGUCCAAAACCCUAAAUUGCUGUCAGCGAGAGGUGAAACUGACCAACUUCCUGAUCGCUGUGGGCGUGGUCGUCCUGCUGCCCAUUUUCACCUUCUACAUCACGGCCAUUGUGGUGACCAAACGGCGGGAGGCAAACCACGGAUUGCUCAACGAUCAGGAGCCUCUACUAGAUGCUCCUUCAACUUCCACGCUUAUCACGGCUGCCCUGCUGUCAACUCCAACCGUAGAUCCCGCUGUAGUCUCAGGUCAAACGGAAAAGAUAGCCAACGUUUUAAGCGGAGCUAGUGGAGCUCACCAAUUUGACUCCUCCAGCGAUGAAGAGCCACCAUCGAGACCAAAACUCUUGGUUAGCCCAGAAUCCGACUACUCCAAUGAUGAUGAACCUCUGGGAAAACCCAAACGAGCUUAACAAAGCUAGAAAGAAAGUCUAUUAAGGGGUGUUCCCCCAUUCCUAGCAAGAAUGCAAGUUUAUUUAAUGAUUGGGAAAAUGCAUCACAUCAUAAGAACCUGGCAAGUAGCCCAAAAAGCUUAAAACUUCAUUAAAUCUUUUAACACAACAUUAUUGGUUUCCUUAUACUUGCCAGGUAAGCAUUUCUUUAAUAUUUAUAAAAGCCUACUAUAAUUUAGGGAUUUAUUUCUCUGGCUCGUGCCUAACCAAAUAUAAGAUAUUUUUCUAUGACAGACAUAUAUAGCCCUGUAAUGUGAUAUCACAAUAAAGAGGAAAACAAAACUUUGUAUAUUUAUAAUUGGUUUUUAUUUUUUUGUAAAUUCUAACUAACACUUAGUAAAACUGCAGUUAGGAUGUAUUUUAAAAUGUUUUUGAAACCAAUAAAUUAAAUGAUAAUUGGUAAGAUA